CAGCGGCUAGCAGAGACGCAGGCCAUGCACCGCAGCAACAGCUCCACGGGCAGGGUGGUCCUGGCCCCUGCGACCCGAGGACCUGAUGCCUGUCAGAUGCUUCCCAAAGCCCAGCUGGCCCAGGACGCCCCACCCAGAACAGCGCUCGGGCUGCUGACCGAGAACGGGCAGUACAGGAGGACCUGCGGCCAGGGGAUCACAGCAAUCAAGGGCUUUCCUGGAUCAGAAAAUGUCCUUCCUCCAGCUGGAAAAAAAGUGCUGCCUGACUGUGGAGACCAGGAACUAGCCAAGCAGGGAUUUGAUAUCCACAUGGAUGACUCGGAGCAAGGAGACAAGGACAGUGGCCCCAGGAAGGAUGGCUCGGCCCUUGAGGACGUGUGUGAUGUUGACACAAGCACACUCAAGUCAGACCUUCACUUCCUGCUGGAUUUCAGCACAGUGUCCCCUAUGCUGGUAGAUUCAUCUCUCCAUUCUCAAUCUGAAGAUGCAGCAGAUUUCGGCACAGAUGUGCUCAACAUGACUGAAUAUGCAGACGAAAUUCAUGAAUACCUUAGAGAAGCUGAAAAAAAACACAGACCCAAAGCACACUACAUGAGGAAACAGCCAGACAUCACAGAAGGCAUGCGCACAAUCCUGGUGGACUGGCUGGUGGAGGUGGGCGAAGAGUACAAGCUUCGAGCAGAGACUCUGUAUCUGGCCGUCAACUUCCUGGACAGGUUUCUGUCCAACAUGUCCGUUCUGAGAGGGAAAUUACAGCUGGUGGGAACAGCAGCUAUACUCCUGGCUUCGAAAUAUGAGGAGAUAUACCCACCCGAAGUAGACGAGUUUGUCUAUAUCACUGAUGAUACGUACUCCAAACGACAGCUGUUAAGAAUGGAACACCUACUCUUGAAAGUCCUGGCUUUUGACCUGACAGUGCCAACCACCAACCAGUUUCUCCUGCAAUACCUGAAGCGUCAAGGAGUGUGCAUCAGAACUGAGAACCUGGCCAAGUAUGUAGCAGAACUGAGUCUACUAGAUGGAGACCCAUUCUUGAAAUACCUUCCUUCACUGAUAGCUGCAGCAGCUUAUUGCCUGGCAAACUACACUGUGAACAGACACUUCUGGCCAGAAACCCUUGCUGCAUUUACAGGCUAUUCAUUAAAUGAAAUUGGGCCUUGCCUGAAUGAGCUACAUAAGGCAUGCCUUGAUAUACCCCAUCGACCUCAGCAAGCAAUUAGAGAGAAAUACAAAGCUUCAAAGUAUUUGCACGUGUCGCUCAUGGAACCACCAGCAGUUCUUCCUCUAUAAUAAAUGUCAGAACAGCAGCCCUUGAAGAACUCAACAUCCAGAUUGGCAGGAUUGCUCUUUACUUUUCAUGGGUUUCUGCUGUUGAGUCAACUCAUAUUGCUACAAUAGAGACACCUUUUUAAAAAUGUAAAUGCAGUUAGGCUAUCUCAGACUGUAGUAUCUUAUAAUAAUAUUUCAACAUUUUUUAAAGAAUAAAAACUUG